CUCAUGGCUGCAUAUGAUCAUAAUCAAUACUCUCAUGCCGGGCUGCACUUGGACAGAUAAACCAUCUACAGGCAAGAGUCAUGCAUGAUUGCAAAAUUCACAAGGACCCUGAUUUGCAUGGAUUAGGAAUCGAUUCGAAAGGGCUCAAAGUGUCAUCAUGUCAUACAUCAAAUUUUCAACUUUUCCAUAAAAAACUCCAUGUCCUGCCAGUAUCUAGGUAGGCAGGUGUGUAGGUAGGUAUGUGACUGUGUAAGCGCAUAACCUUGAUAUCCACUACGACAGGAGAGAUCUCGAUCCCAUUACGUGUCGCAAGGGUCUGAAUAAGGGGAAUCACUAAAUCGGAGCACACAGAUGCAAAACAAAUAGACGGUGACAAGGAAGAGCUCCUCGCUCUGCCUACCUACGGAAGGAAGGUAUAGGCAUCUUAAUCAAGCCUCUCGACGCCCUUAGUUUGGUAAGUGCCUACUUUCCAGGGUACAACUCCCCAGAGCUCUUGUCCCCCUAGCCCCUCUCACCCACCCCCCACCAAGAAACCAACCUACCGGCGGUCCUCCGUCCACAUAAUCCAAUACCAACACCUCACUCUCACCUCGGCCGAUCCAACGUCUUCUACGACCAUGUAUAUAUGUACAUGUACCCUCCAUCCCAGAUGCUAACCUCUUAUUCUUGUUGAAAUUUCGUUUUCUCCUCCUCCCUUCGACCUUUUUUCUCCCUCUCAACUCUUCUCUUUUUCCCUAGAACUGCUGCCACCUUCACGCAGCCUGCGACACGUCUUAUAGUAUCCUCUGCGGUGAUCGACAUUUGACCGAUCCAGUAGGAAGAUACCCGCAUUCGAAACGAGCCUUCUAAUCGACCACGCCUGGACCUGCAAAGAAUAGACAGACACGUUGCUCUUGCCUACGCAUUUAUUUACCUACCCCGCCAUUCUGUACCUGUCAACGGGCACUGAAUACGAUCAAAGGAAAAGACGGUCCAAGACAAAACAACGACGAUCAGACAACCACUGCGUUACAAAGCCCAUUGAGUGAUACAGCAAUCAGUCAAUCAAACACGCUUAUUGCUGCUCUAUCCAAGGAGAUCUCGCACGUCUCUUUCUGCCCCCGCUUGAGACGCUUUGCUCAUCGACAUCGAAACCUGCAUCGCUUUUUUUUUCAACUGGUACCCCGGUCACGGUCAUCGUCUUUUGCUCGAUCGUCGAUUCACCAUUCACCUGACCCAUCAUCGGUCCAUCCCAUUUCCAUAUCCAACCGCCCAUCCAAUCCAAUAACGAGAUUACCUUUCUGUUCUUCACUUUAUCUCGCUCCGCACCGCACGCCAGGCCCAACAUAUAGCUUUGACUACGAUCUUAGACGAUUACGUCUGCGCCCCGCCCACCAUCAUCUUUACCUCAUCUUGGUGUUCCUCGUUUUACAGCCAGGAAACCGACUACUUUUUCCUUCACCCUCAAACAUAUCGUCCAAAAGAAUCACAUAUUCACCAUGGCUGAGUUCGUACGCGCCCAGAUCUUUGGCACCACAUUCGAGAUCACCUCUAGAUACUCCGAUCUCCAGCCUGUUGGCAUGGGAGCUUUUGGCCUCGUUUGGUAUGCUCCCUUAGAUGUUCCUCCUGACCCUGCGCAUCCGACUGACACGGUUCCCUUUGCAACAGCUCUGCCCGGGAUCAACUUACCAACCAAAAUGUCGCGGUCAAGAAGAUCAUGAAGCCUUUCAGCACACCUGUGCUCGCAAAGCGCACAUACCGUGAGCUCAAGCUGCUCAAGCACCUCAAGCACGAAAACGUCAUUUCUCUUAGCGACAUCUUUAUUUCUCCUCUGGAAGAUAUCUAUUUUGUCACAGAGCUCCUCGGUACCGAUCUUCACCGGUUAUUGACAUCGCGCCCGCUCGAGAAGCAGUUCAUCCAGUACUUCCUCUACCAGAUUAUGCGAGGUCUGAAGUACGUGCAUUCGGCCGGCGUUGUCCACCGCGAUCUCAAACCCAGCAAUAUCCUCGUCAACGAAAACUGUGAUCUCAAGAUUUGCGACUUUGGUCUUGCACGAAUCCAGGACCCUCAGAUGACUGGUUAUGUAUCCACACGAUACUACCGAGCCCCCGAAAUCAUGCUCACCUGGCAAAAAUACGACGUCGAGGUUGAUAUUUGGAGUGCCGGUUGCAUCUUUGCUGAGAUGCUUGAAGGCAAACCUUUGUUCCCUGGAAAAGAUCACGUCAACCAAUUCUCUAUCAUCACUGAGCUACUCGGCACCCCUCCUGAUGAUGUUAUCAAUACCAUCGCCAGCGAGAACACACUGCGGUUUGUGAAGUCGCUGCCCAAACGUGAGCGACAGCCUCUUCGUAACAAGUUCAAGAAUGCCGACGAUUCGGCUAUCGAUCUGCUCGAGCGCAUGCUUGUCUUCGACCCUAAGAAGCGAAUAACUGCCACAGAGGCCCUCUCCCACGACUAUCUUUCUCCCUACCACGACCCCACAGACGAGCCUGUGGCAGAGGAGAAGUUUGACUGGAGCUUCAACGACGCCGAUCUGCCCGUUGAUACUUGGAAGAUCAUGAUGUACUCAGAAAUUCUCGAUUACCAUAACGUGGAAGCUGGAGUUACUAACAUGGAGGAGCAAUUCAACGGACAAUAAAUGGGAGACGUGGUUAAUAACGGGAGAGGAUUCUGCCAGUGCAUAACGAACAUGAGGAAGAAGCAGACCACGUCACAAUGUCGAUGAUACCACGAAAUCCAACGCAUACGCCCAUGAUCCAUAUAUCUUACCACAAUCACACUACCCCGUGCCCGUAUGAAAAGAAGAUGCAGGAAGACACGGCAAGACGUGAAAGGAGACGAACCGAUGAUAUUACCAUCGCAAGAAACAGGCAUGUACAUGCAAAAUAUACGAACGCACGUAUGGCGUUGGGGAGACAGGGAAAGAGUUGGCUUUGGUUUUGAUUUUGGAAUUAAGCAACAAGGUCUUUCAUGAGGAAGAUGUUUGAUCGUCUUUGACAAUGGAGGAACUUCGUUUUAUUUUCACCCGUUUAUUGCUGUCUAGCUCUCGCUUUUUCAAUCACGCCUGCCUUUCUAUUUGGUAUCUGUUCAAGUAAGGAUGCAGCGGGGUAUGAAAAUACACGACGCACAGGGCUUUUAGGUUACAAAUGAUUCUUCUGCUCAUUUAGCUGGCUCCCGGCUGUGUGAGGAAAUUAUAGAGCUUGUGAAUGGAACUUUUGUUAAAGAAGUUUCCCUUAGUCUUGACGAAACACUCAUCCAUCGAUAAGUUACAAGGACGACGUACAGAUGUCCCAGACGUAUGUAAAAUAAUUCCCACUUUUGAUCUCAUUCAUACUCUGACGUGGUCAUCUUGAGUAUCCAGACAUAUCUAUCUAUCGCAAACAAGGUGCUCCUCCGUUAAAUGCCCUAUUGGGAACUCUCCAUCUCUAGCAAAGCCUGCAGGUCUUCCAUUUCGCCGCUAUGGUAGACCAUGUCAUAGAACUGGCCUCUACCGUCAAACAAAUUGCGAGGUGAGCCAUACCUGGAGAGGAUUGUCAGUUGCCCGUGUGAAAAGUACCAGAGUCAAUGAGAUCUUACUCAAGAACACGCCCCCCACUCAUAACCACGACUGUAUCAUAAUCAAUGAUUGUACGUAAACGAUGCGCGAUCGUUACCAAAGUCCGCCCUCCACCGACCGCUUCAAGUUCCCGCCGCAGGACGUUUUGAAUACCUCGGUCUGUCUCAUAAUCCAUGCUGGCCGUGGCUUCGUCAAGGAGCAUCAGCUUGCUCUGGCGAAUCAGCGCACGGCAGAGUGAAAGAACCUGCCGCUGACCAUGAGAAAAGUUCUCACCGCGGGCGUCGACACAUGUCGAAAGAUUUAUACUAUUGUUCUCGUCAUCGCGAAAUUGUGUAUCGUUAUCGCUGUCAUCAGAAGUAUGAGGAGAGAAGGAUGCAAUGCCUUUGCAGUUGUCCAAGGCCUUGUCGAGAAUGUCUCUGGGAACUCGACCGCUAGGAUCAAGGUUGGACUCCACUGUCCCGUUGAAUAGGACAGCCUCUUGUGGUAUGAUUGUAAGGCUUUCUCGGAGGCGGUGCCGAGGAAUCUUGGUAAUGUCAAUUCCAUCGUAUAAGAUUUCACCAGAGACAACGUGUGUGAAGCGAAGGAGGGAAAGCACCAGCUGGAAAUCGCAGUCGUUAGUACUACCCGAAAAGUGCUAUAAAAAGAGUGUAGAUAUACUGACAGUGCUUUUCCCUGAACCUGUCCUUCCUAUGACAGCCACCCGCUCACCCGCUUUGAACUUGAGGUUUAUACCGGUGAGAAUGUCGGAUCCGUCAGGAUCGUACCGGAUUGUCACGUUUCGAAACUCGAUCUCGCCAGAUCGAGGCCAGUUCUGGGGAAUUACGUGGCAGGGUUCAUCUGUGUAUUCACCUUCCUCGGGAUACGCCUUGUCUUCCUUUUCCUCAGGUUCCAACUUGACGUACUCCCUGACUCGGUGAAACUUGAUACUUGGUCAGCAGGUACUUUGGCAGAUGGUAACAAACACACUCACGCUCUGCAUUUCAACUUCCAAAUCAUUCAUCGCUCGAACAAGUAACAGAAUCGUCUGGCUGAGUCCGUUGGCAUUGGUGAGGGAGAAUCCGACCAGCCCUGCAGCCACGACACCUGUCUGUGAUACGGCAAUUAUACCUGCCGACAGACCGACGAGGGCCGUCACAAGAUCCACGCGUACAGCAACCCAACGGUUAGCGUUGAAGCUGGCUUCGGCCGAAGCUGACCAUGUACGCAGCCUGGCCGCCAACUCUUCUCGAAAUCUUGACGACAUACCACUCCUGGCCCGAAUAACAGGAAGACCAGCCAAUGUAUCUGCAAACUGGGAGAAGACAGGCGACUGAGCAGAAGACGUUAGCCGUUUGAUUACAACGGCAGUUCUCGUGUAUGCUUCUCCUAUAAGAACACCAAACAAGCACGUAAACAGUGCUGGUAUCAUGAAAACCGGCAUUAUGCUGCUGACAGCACCAAUGCGAAAGAGCAUGAGAAGGACCGUAUCAAGCAUGAUCCGUAGCAUGGUGCUGAUGGUACCGUCGAGUGACGCCAUAUCACUGGAGAAGCGGUUUGUGAUGCGGCCAAUGGGGAUAUGCUUGAACCAUGAAAGGGAGACGUGCAUGAUGGCAUGUAUGAAAUCGUUGUGUAAUCUCUUUGCAGCGUUCCAAGCUCCCCAUUCGAACAUUACGAUAGCCAAGCAGUAGCUACCAAUUUCAAGGAACGUAAGGCCUGCAAAGAUCCCCAUAUAAUAAGGAAUAUCAAUGUGAGCCUGGUGAUUGUACGCUUCUACCCAGACAGAGAGCCACAAAAGACUGCUAAAGGUAAAGAUGUUCGUGGCAAGUAAAAGUCCCAGGCAGACAGCAACAAAGACCGGAUGCCCAAAGUAGCUCAUGUAUUGCAAGACUGGUGACCAAGUUAGCAUCCCUUCACGACUGGGAAGGUAGUAGUACUGACAAGUCAUACGGCCGACCUUUCCAGAAGCUUUCAUUUCCUGAUUGACCACAUCCUUCAGGUGCUUUUCUUCAGGUGCUCGGUUAGCGUCGUUCAAGGUAUCGCCAUUUGGCUGUAUUUCCUGAACUGUGUCAUGAAGUGCGCCCUCCUCAGCAUCUCCUCCAAGGACCUGAGCGAUAGCAAUUGGUUUGCGAACAAUACCAAUCUGGGGCUCAGCCGACUCGAUUUGACCCUUUUCCAACACAACAGAGAGAUCGGCUUGUUCUGAAAUCCAGGGAAGAUUUGUCACAAGUACAGUUGUCCUCCCAUUCAGAAGGUCAGAGCAAAAGCAGUGUCUCCAAACGCCAGCAGCUGUUUUUGCGUCCAGAGCAGCAAAUAUAUCAUCGAGUAACAGAAGUGGUGCUUUACAGUACAAUGCUCUUGCAAGAGCAACUCGUGCUUUUUGCCCACCUGAAAGAGAAGUUCCGUUCUCUCCCACGAUGGUCAUAUCCUUGGCUGGUAGAUGCUUGAAAUCCUCCCAUAGGCAACAUGCUUCGAUGACGCGAUCGUAGCGUGGCUUUUCCAUUAGACUGCCAAAUAUAAUAUUGGCCUGUAUGGUCUCGUUCUGCAACCAUGAAGAUUGAGAAGCGUACGCUAUAUCGUCUGGUCUGGUCACAUUUCCACUCUCUAAGUAGGUCUCACCAAGGAUAGACAGCAGCAGAGUUGUUUUGCCGCUGCCACUCGGGCCGCUAACGACAUUAAGACCACCUUGGGCAAAAUCAAGCGUUAUGCUGUUUAGGGUGAAACUGGCUGUCUUCGUCUUCCGGAACGUGGCAUGAUCAAUGCGAAGGGGGCCAACGGGGUAAUGAGGAAUAGGAACUGUACUCUCAAAGUACUUGUCGAGUCGGGUCACUGACACCAACGCACUUGCGAAAUUCCUGCCAAAGGCACUAGCCUGCAUGAUAUUUCUUCGAACAUUCUUGACAAGAAAUAUGGUCGUGAAAGCCGUUGCGGCAUCAAGGCGACGCUUGGAGAGCCCCACGUGCAAGCCAAACAUAACAAGUAAGGACAAGUAAGGAACAAUCUGCAUGACUUGGUUCAAUGAAGCUUGAAUCAUUGAAGUCCUCCAAAGCUCCCUUUGUUCUUCGGAACGCGCAUUGAUGAUCUUUUCAGUGAUAGGGUCCUCCCAGGCAAAGUACUUGAUGGCGCGAAGGGACGCAAGAUACUCUGUCACUAAAGACAUGCGAGAAUCCUGGGCUUUCCUGACUCGGCGCUGUGAGUAGAACAUUAAGCGCCCAAGCCAUAUCGAAAGAGGUGUGGCCAAAAAUAGAAUCGCAUUUCCUACCAGAGAUGCCCAGCCCAUCAUUCUGUACAUUCCGAUGAGCGAUAUUAUGGUACCGACGGGAGUACCAAUGGUGGCCUGGAUGAUGUCUCUUGAUCUAUAGAUUGCGUCUAUAUCGGAAGCCAUGAGGUUAGCCAAACGUCCUGCUGAUGUGGUCUUGGCAGCGGCCUGGCCGCUCAUGCUCUUGAGUUUCGCGCCACCGGAUUGUAGUUCAAAAGGAUCCUCUUCCAUCUCCAUUGAGUCUAGAGCAGUGUAGUACAGCUCUUGAGUGAACGCAGAUUUGAUACGAACCACGAGUCUAGUUGAUGUAAAGAUGUACUGCUGGAAGGCAACGGAGCGGGAUAGUGGGCCGAUGAACAUAAGGAACAGCCAAAGCCACGGCUUAUAGAUGGCACCGCUAGGAUCAGCAAGAUAUUCGAGCAACUUGAACAUGGCGAAUGCGGCUAUGUUUUCGACCGUGUAUGAGGUGGCUACCCAAAACGACAUGAGAAGCAAUUCGCGCUUUUGGAAUCUAAGAACAGUACGGAGUGUCUUUUUUGAGAUUGAACGAGCUUCUUGUACACGUCGUAAGAGGUAUAUAGGUUCGUCAUACCAGGCUAACUUUGGAAUAUCAGCCAUAUCAAGCUUCCGCUUCAUACCCUUCCAGAUGAUUGGGGUCAGCCAGUCAUAGGUACAGUAGUAAGUGAACCAACUGCAAGUUUCCUCGGGAGCUGGCUUAUUCUGGUCGUAACCGGGGAUACUGAGAUCAACUUGCAUUGGUGUCCAUUCCCUGGGGGUAACGGCUGCAAUGGCAGCUCCUGCUGCAAGAGCGAUGAUCCCACUGGAAGUACCGGCGUCGUGAAGGCAUCUUGUGCCAGUCUGGAUACAGGGCAAAGUGUGCCCUGCAAUGAGAAUGGUCAGAGUAGCCGGAAGGACAAAGUUGAUUUGAUGCAGUGCUACAUGGCGCCACUCAAGAUGGCUGAAGAGACGAGUGAGGCCAAGAAUGAAGGCAUAUACAACAGACACGAUGUUUAUCCAAUGUAGUCGAUCUUGGAUAUAGGCAAUUGUAAUAUAUACAACAGCAGUAAGCCUUGCCAUUUGUGAGGCAAGCUCAUAGGGCCACCGAAUUUUGGCAGCUUUAGAUCGGCAACUAGAUCCUUGUCGGCGAAUUCGGUCUAAAUGGUAGAUGAGUUGCAUGAGUGACAGGAAAAGCACAACGGCUUGUGGUACCCCAGAUUGGGCGAACUGUGACACAUGAUGGAUCCACGAAAUCUGGGACAUGGACAUGAUACUCUGAUAUGAGCUAGAAUUCUUAGUAAACUCGAUUCAUCAUAUUGAGACAGUUCUUACCUAGUCAGAGAACAAGAUUGAGGUACCAUGAUAGAUUCGUUCCCUUGAUAGGGAGAGAACUCUAGUCCGCCGAAGCGGUGGAUUACGAUAUCCAUCAUGGUGAUGCAGACAUGAAGAAUCUUGGGCUAUGAAGGAAGAACAGGACAGAGCAGAGCAGAGCAGAGCAGAGUAGAGUAGAAGCAAGAAAUAAAGACUGAUGC